AUGGACGACAGCUCAAGAGGACAUCAGAUGUUGCUGCUGCUAUUACUUGCAUCCUUGUUUGGAAGAAAUACCGGCGCAGUGGCACCGCUUCCGCAACAGUUGGAACAAAUAUCGCUGCAGGAACGCAUCACGGCGCUUGAGAAUAGAAUCACACUCCGGGAUGAGGAACUCGCCAAAAUGCUUCAGCUGAUGCUUGCCAAUCAGAAAGAAAUUCUCAGACAGCUCCAGCAGCAUCCAUGCACCCAAACGUCCUACGCAACGGACGGCACUCAACAACCGCGAACUGCACCCUUCACCAACAAGAUCGACUUCGGGUUUUCGUUCACGCCCGGUAACGCUUCGGUAAAAUCUGCCGCCUUCCAGGAAGUGCUCAACUCCGAAAGCUAUCCACGCAGCUGUCGCGAAAUCGAGGACGGUAUGUCGGGCGAGGAGACUAUCUACCCGAACGCCAAGCUGUCCGCACCGGGUGAACCGCUCGAGGUGUACUGCGACCAGGACUUCGAAGGUGGUGGAUGGAUCGUGAUACAGAACCGGUUCGACGGGUUCGUCAACUUCAACCGCAGCUGGGAGAAGUACCGGGACGGGUUCGGUGAUAUCGGCACGGAGUACUGGCUCGGGUUGGACAAGAUCCAUCGGCUAACGGUCGCAGCACCGCAUGAGAUCGCGUUCGUCGCCGAGUCGUUCCGCGGUGAACGUCGGUCGGCCCGGUACAGCCUGUUCGAGAUCGGUGGCGAAACGGACCGGUACCGGUUGCAGAAGCUAGGCGUCUACACCGGCACCCUCGGGGACGAGUUUACCUACAACAAGGGUAUGGAGUUUUCGACGUACGAUCAGGACCACGACCAGUACGCGGACGUCAACUGUGCGCUCCGGACUGCGUCUGGUUGGUGGCAUCGGAGCUGCACCCGCAUCAAUCUGAACGGCAUGUACGGCAAUGAGUCGGGCGUACGGUUCGCCUACUGGCUAGACUGGCUCCAUCUGCAGGGAUUGAAGCGAACCCGCAUCAUGAUCCGGAGAUUACUAAUGUCCAGCGCAUACUCCGGCCGAUAA